ACAGUUCUGAGACUUCUAAAGAGAGGAAACUUAAUUUUCGCGAAACAUCGAGAAAAUGAUCGUACUUUCAGUUGGUUCCGCUUCGUCAUCUCCGAUCGCCGUCGUCGUCUCCGUCGCACUUCUUCUGUUCUAUUUCUCUGAUACUACUCUAGGAGCUCCUUGUCCCAUUAAUGGCUUGCCAAUCGUGAGGAAUAUUAGUGACCUUCCUCAAGAUAACUAUGGAAGACCAGGUCUUUCCCACAUGACUGUUGCUGGCUCCGUAUUGCACGGAAUGAAAGAGGUUGAAAUAUGGCUUCAAACAUUUGCUCCAGGUUCAGAGACACCAAUACACAGGCACUCAUGUGAAGAGGUCUUUGUUGUCCUAAAGGGCAGUGGUACUCUCUAUCUCGCUGAAACACAUGGAAAUUUCCCUGGGAAACCAAUUGAAUUUCCAAUCUUUGCUAACAGUACAAUUCAUAUUCCGAUCAAUGAUGCUCAUCAGGUCAAGAACACCGGUCAUGAGGACCUGCAGGUGUUGGUUAUCAUAUCUCGGCCGCCUAUUAAAAUCUUCAUCUACGAAGACUGGUUUAUGCCACACACUGCGGCGAGGUUAAAGUUCCCUUACUAUUGGGAUGAGCAAUGCGUUCAAGAAUCGCAAAAAGACGAGCUUUAAAGCAAAGUCAGAGGCCAAAACCAAGCACGCCCUUUAGAUAGUAAAAUCAUAGUUGAGGUUUUGUGACAUUACGUAGAUACUGGUAAAUUGGCAAGGAUUUUACAUGAAUGUUGUUACAAGAAAGUAAAUAAAUGUUCAAUCUUUGA